GGGUAAAGAGGUACUACUACAGUGGCGUACAAGACAACAAAAACAUCGGGUGCGUCGCCUGUGAUAGCAAAGACUGUGAAAGUAGGUAAUCACGUGAAGACAUUUCGAUAAGAAUUUGAGAAAGUCGUCCAACUGAAAUAGAAUUUUGCGAAGACAAUCGUGAAGAAAAUAACAUGUCAGGUAGCUAGUUAUACAAGUUCAUUUUGAACAUUUGAUCCGGCUCCCGGUGGCACACAAAAAAAUUCAACAACUAAUCAGCUAACGUUAGCUAGCCCGUUACUAUAUUGUUGUAUUCGGGUGUGCCACAUGCAAUGCGAGGAAAUCAUCACCGACCGGUUCGUGGAAAAGAUAGAAAUAUCAUAUCACCUCCAGUUUAACAUUGACAGAAGAAGAGGAUAACCAAAAUGUAAUCAACCCUUUUGUAAGUCAUCAGGACUCGAGACAGGUCCUUGGAUAUUUACAAUGGACCACACACAUGAUUGUGUGGAUGAUAAUCCAGAAACCAUGAAUGAACAAGAUGAGUCUGACCACUCAGGAACCACACACUACCCAGAAUUUCAGCUCCAUAAUGUCUCCACUACGACGAGCAUCAGACCACGACCAGGUGGGCGAGCUCGGCUCUACUCCGAGUCCCAGGUGUGCUCCCAGGUUGGCAGAAGGGAUGACACAGAGUUUCAGGAUGCAAUAACUCCUACUGAGGAGGGCGGGGGCGAUGGGGCUCCUUUCCGAAGCCGAUCACAGUCUGCUCCUCCUACACUGUGGGCAGCAAAGAAAUAUGGCCGCCAGCUGAGGAGGAUGAGUGAUGAAUUUGACACCUGGCUCGACAAAGGGGAGCCCAAGAGAGGGAUUAGCCCAGGAGGCGUCAAGCAUGAGGUCUCCCGAGGAUGGUUCUCUUUCCUCUGGAGUCCAAACGAGGCCGAAGGCAGGGAGUGAAAAAGUUCACACCUCUUUCAAAGACCCAGCCAAGUCAAGAAGGAGCUCAUACUCAUUUCCAUAACGACUGGACCACAGCUGAAAUAUUCACGUCCCGUGUGCAUACUUUUGUGGAAAUUAGUAUUUUUAUGGAAAAUAUCACCAGUUCAAAUGUGACCUUUUUGUACAAUCAAAUCAAACGUUAUGUAAAAAUUCACUGCAUAAUUGAAAAUAUGUUGCAAUAAUUAACAAUAAGUUAUGCAGUGCAUAAUAGAUGCAUUUUCUAAGUGACAAUCUCUUGUGCUACUGACAUUUAUAACAACGUAUAACAAAUAUUUCCAGAGAAAUUUCAUAAAUUGUUCUAUUGAAAAUGUUCUAUAUUUGUAGGUAUGAAUUUCAAGAAGUUCACAAAAUGUAAAUAUACUUUCGUGAGUCUUAAAAUAUGAAAUGUGUGAAAGAACUGAUCUGUGAGGACAAUAAUUAUUAGACGGAUAUGUUGAACACAAUUUUCUAUUAUACAUAUUUUUUUCCCCGAUUUCAAUCGUUAGCUAUGCUAGUCCAUUGAAUGCUUUAUUCUGCAAAAACAAAUUCUGACUUCACAUAAGCUCUUACAACUCUUCAAUUCAGGGUUUUGCCAAAAAAUGUCAUGUUUUGACAUUCAACAAUUCUCAUACAUACUUUGACUGAUACACUCAGUUUAUUUUGGUAUUUAUCUUAAACUUAGAGACUGUACAUUUCAUACUGUUCUUUCAUUUGCAAUCAUCUUUAAUUUAAUCUGUAUAUUUUUUUCAAUUGUAUAUUAUGCAUAUCGAUAUUUAAAACAAAAAUGAAGACAUAAUUACAAUCCAGGCCAUAUACACCCCUCUCAACUGCCUUAAGCAAAUAUUCUGAAUACUGUUCAGUUGAAGAAAUAUGAGUGUAUAUAGAUAGGGCAGUCUGGUGUAGAACAACUAUGGUCUCUGCCUUCAGUUAUAACUGAUAUUCUACUUAACUUUUUUGUGUGUCUUAACAUUUUGAUAUUUCUUCUUUUCAUUAAUAACUGUUAACUGUUUUUACAUCUUUUUAGGUUAUGUAACAGAUGAAAUGUUUGAAUUUCUUAUUAAAACUAGUGCUGCACCGAUAUAACAUU